UUGAGGAACUGAGUCUGGAGUAGUCAUGGCUUCCGAGAAGGUGGUGGUAGAAGAAGUCCCCAACUGGCUCCGCGUCUACGAUGACGGCUCCGUCGAUCGAACAUGGACUGGGCCUACCCAAGCCAAGUUCUUGGUCACUCCCGUCCCCCCAUCAGAGACGUUCAUCGACGGGGUGGCCACUCGCGAUGUGGUCAUCAAUCCCCAUUCAGACCUCUCUGUCCGAAUCUAUGUACCUGAAGAGAAAUGUAACGAUGGUGUACGGCUUCCUGUGCUCCUUCACUUCCAUGGCGGCGGCUUCUGUGUGACUCAAGCCGAUUGGUACAUAUACCACCAGUUCUACACCAAGCUCAUUGCAUCAGCUCCAGCCAUUUGUGUCUCGGUCAACUUGCGUCUAGCUCCCGGGCACCGACUCCCCGCUGCGAUUGACGAUGGUUAUGCAGCCCUGUCGUGGCUCCGGUCCUUGGCUAGAGCUGAGCUGUCGGAGCCAUGGCUUGGAACCCGAGCCGACUUCUCGCGGGUCUUCCUCAUGGGCGACUCGUCUGGCGGGAACGUCGUGCAUGGAGUGGCGGCACGUGCAGGUAAGGAAGAUUUGGAACUGCUGCGGCUAGCCGGAGGAGUGCCGGUGCACCCCGGCUUCGUCCGUGCUGAGAGGAGCCGGUCCGAGCUGGAGUUCCCUGGCUCGGCGUUCCUUACACUGGAGAUGAUUGACAAGUUCUUAGCUUUGGCAUUGCCAGUUGGCAGCAAUAAGGACCAUCCGAUCACAUGCCCGAUGGGGCCCAUGGCCCCACCCAUUGGAGGGCUACGGUUGCCACCGUUCUUGGUGGCGGUGGCGGAGAGAGAUCUCAUGCGCGACACACAGCUGGAAUACGUUGCGGAGAUGAAGAGGAGUGGUAAGGACGUAAAUUUGGUUUUUAGCCCGGGCAUGGACCAUUGCUUCCACCUCAACAAGAUUGCAAUCGACUCGGAUCCGAAUAUGGCCAUCCAAACGGAUAUGCUGAUAACCGCCGUUUCGGAAUUCAUUCGGAUGCACUGAGCGUGUGCACUGCACGAGUGCAAGAUAGAUGGAGCUACAAGUAUAUGAUAAUAGGAAUUAAUCACCUGCAUGCUGCCGGUUGCAUUCUAACUUUUCAUGCAGCACUAUAUUUCCCGCCAAAUUUGCCACUUUUUCAGUGCAUCCGAGCCAUUCGAACAGGUGAGCCCCACCAUAAGACCAUCUGGUGGAAAAAUCAGGCUCACCACACCAUUGAUAUAAAUGGAUCGUCGAUGAUCUGACUGGUUUGACCCACUAAAGAGUAUAUAAACGGCCUAAUAUUUUUUCGAAAUAUGAUCUACAUGUGAGGCCCACGUAAUGAAAGGUUCAGAUUUCCUACAAGUGGGACACAUUGGUAGUGAAAAAAUGGGUUGGGUUGCAUGCUAAGUUAUGAUACAGCCGACUGUAGGUGAUUGAUUCUACGCGUUAGAAGUCGUUCGCUAAGCAUUCUCCACACGCAUGCACCUUUCAUGGCCACACGUUCUGACAGGCACGUGCAUUAGAUAUCCAAGUCUUCGAUCAUGUGGGGCCCAUCGUAAAGAUGAGCUGUAGUUGAAAUUAGGUUGGUCGGCUUAUCGAGUCGGUCAUGGCUCUAGGUUGAAUAUGGAUUGUAGUAAAAAUUUCGA